GCACUUCCCGCCAGGGGAAGGUCCCGAACCGGACGGGCAGAGGAGGAGGUCGGGGGAGGUUGUGUUUGAAAACAAGGUCAUGCCAAAUCUGAGGAUUCUUCCACUUCUGCUCUUACUCCACCUGCAGCUUUCCAAGGCCUUUCCUGUCCCUCCUGAAGACCAAGAUGAGAAAAAUGCCAAAGUUAUUCAGAGUUAUCUAGAAAAGUUCUACCAAUUGCCAAAGAUCCGACAUAUGUCUGAAAGGAAGAUCAUCUCUGGUGUGACUGUUGAGAAGCUUAAGGAAAUGCAGCAAUUCUUUGGGUUGAACGUGACAGGGAAGCCAAAUGCUGAAACCCUGGAGACGAUGGGAAAGCCUCGCUGUGGGGUGCCUGAUACGGGCGAUUUUAUGAUAACCCCUGGAAAACCCUGGGAAAAAACUGACCUGACCUACAGGAUUAUAAACUAUACCCCACAGUUGUCACAUGCUGAUGUGGAAAGUAUAUUUGCAGAAGCCUUUCAACUCUGGAGUCGUGCAUCACGCCUGACCUUCACCAGGAUCUCAGAGGGCGAAGCAGACAUCAGGAUUGAGUUUGCCCGAGGAGAUCAUGGUGACAAUUCUCCAUUUGAUGGGCCCAAUGGAAUCCUUGCUCAUGCCUUCCAACCAGGCCCAGGUCUUGGAGGAGAUGCUCAUUUUGAUGCAGAUGAAACAUGGACCAAAAACUCUUCAAAUUACAACUUGUUUCUUGUUGCCGCUCAUGAAUUUGGCCAUUCUCUGGGACUCGCUCACUCCUCUGACCCUGGUGCCUUGAUGUAUCCCAACUACGCUUUCAGGGAACCCAGCACAUUCUUGCUCUCUCAAGACGACAUCAAUGGCAUCCAGGCCAUCUAUGGGCCUUCAGACAACCCUGUCCAACCCACUGGACCAAGCACACCCACGGCCUGUGACCCCAGAUUGACAUUUGAUGCCAUCACCACACUCCGUGGAGAAACACUUUUCUUUCAAAACAGGUUCUUCUGGAGAAAGCAUCCUCAGCUACCUACCGUCGAACUCGACUUCAUUUCUCUCUUCUGGCCAUCCCUGCCAAGUGGUAUACAGGCUGCUUAUGAGGAUUCUGAAAGUGACCUAGUUUUCGUAUUUAAAGGCAAACAAUACUGGGCUCUGAAUGGCUAUGAUAUUCUGCAAGGUUAUCCCAGGGAUAUAUCAAACUAUGGCUUCCCAAGUAGUGUGCAAGCAAUUGAUGCAGCUGUUUCCUACAGGGGAAAAACAUACUUCUUCAUAAAUAACCAAUUUUGGAGAUAUGACAACCAAAGACAUUCCAUGGAUCCAGAUUAUCCCAAAAGCAUAGCAAGUGUCUUUCAAGGAAUAGGAACUAGAGUUGAUGCAGUUUUCCAGAAGGAUUACUUCUUCUUUUUCUUCAGUGGACCAACAUAUUAUACAUUUGAUAUUGAUGCUGGUAGAGUUACUAGCGUUGAAAGAAGCAACAGAUGGCUUAACUGUUGAUAAACUUUCAGCAAAAUCGAA